CCAUCACCCAUCCCUGUGGCACACCCUCGCCAACUCAUGCCCACGCCAACAUGCCAGGCAUCGGCGACGCCUCUCCACACACACCCGAAUCACUCGCUUCCUGGAUAAGGACAUUCCCCUUGGACCCUCUCAAGUACGAUUCCAAAACGAAAAGCAAGAAGAGCACACGAAAGCCCACCUCCAAAACCUACAAAAUAUGGGCAGACCUUGACGAGAAAGGUAUCAGAGUCAUCUAUGACCAAACCCUGAACGACCCUGAACGGAAGAAUCUCUGCAUCUCUCACAUCUCAGGAGCUGUUGCUGAGGAAGGGAGUCACUUCUGACAUGGAAGAAGCUUUCAGAGUGGGACGGCGUGAAGCUCGAAGCGCAACUGUUGAUUCUGAGGAUGAGCUAUGUGAUGUCAUGUCGACAAACUUCUUCAAACGCUGUACCGAAGCCAUCAAUGCCGGGCUUCCCAGUCGCCUCCAUGGCAGGUGGAAGAAGUGCUUGGGCGGGGGGAGCGGCCGCUCUGAUUGGGUCUUCCUGCGCAACGAUAUCGCCAUUGCUAUCGUCGAGGUCAAGCUGUACACCGUUCUAACGACAGCUGGCGAAGGUGCGGUGUCUCAGGCCGAUGACCGUGACCACCCGCCGUUUAGAAUGAUACUUCGUUCGAGGCCGCAAGGUGAUACAGCUGGGACCGGAGGGGCCCAAAGCGACACAAGUCACAGCGACCAGUCCCAGGCCAAUCAGAAGGAGGAUUCGGACAGUGAUUACGUGCCUGGCGACGAGGACAAGCCAGAUGAGGAAAUCUCUCUGCAUCUGUCGCUGAAGUUGGAGCGACUGUUGACGGAGUGCAAGCAGGAGGGGGGCUUGAAGCUCAUUUUGGCCAAGAGGAAAGAUAAAGAUGGUAAAGACCAGCCCGCCUUGCGCGUUGUGGACGAAGACGGGACUAUCGUGCCGAAAAUGACGCACUGGGCCAUGGGAUUGUCCCAGCUCUGGGAACAAUUUUACUGCUACAAUCUCGACCUCGUCAUACUCACCUCCUACGAAGUCUGGAUUCCUUUCGAGCGCGAUCCCAAAAUCGAGAACCUGCUUCGUAUGGGUGAGCCAAUCUUCAGGACGGCGCCCGGAACUGCGCCCGAGCCUGGCAAGAUGUCGCCCAUGGAGCUUGCGGUGGCUUCCGUGAUUAAUAAGGGGGAACGCGCACCCCCACUCGGCUAUACAUUACCACCUCUACCUGUCUGGCCUUUGUCCGAAGCGGGGAAUGACUCAACGCAGAAUGACCAGAACGAGAGCGGGGCAGGGGCAUCGGGAUCGAGGGGCACGAGCAGUGUUCCUGCAAAGCGUGGAUACGACGAAGUUGAAGGCACUGGCGGCGCUGGAAGUGACAAUGCUAUUGCUGGAGACGCAAACAUUCCGAAGAUCGUCAGUGCCAUUUCACGUUUGAUUUUCCUCACGGCUGAUUUAUAUCCUUUUAGCAACUUGUUCCCGUCACUCUGCAGGUUUCUGUGUCCAACAAUCGCUCCCCUGACGCUCUUCACGUCUUUGGGCAAGGCAACUUGAAUGAUGGCUAUAUCACCGGUCGCCUCUCCCCCUCCGUCAUUGCAACCUUGGCCGACGACGACAGCAUCCACUCGGGACUGCCUACUGCCGAGCUUAAAGCUGACCUCGCCCUCGUCAGCUAUAUCAGCUCUGGGCGCCUGUGGGACGCCUACCACUCCGUCCUUACCGUCGAAGGCCGUGUGAGCAAGAACCUCGUCACCAAGGUCAUGUGCCCUGAUACUUAUGAUGAUGGAGAUGAGUAUUACAAGGAGCUGUUCGAAGACUCCAAAGAGGCAGUGGCUGCAUAUCGUCUCGAGGCGGCGCUGUACAGUGGCCCUCUCGCAAGCCUACAAGGAGGGGCUGUCCCCGCAGUGUAUGGCUCGUUCAGUGGUGCAAUAUGUCUCGGGCUUGUCUCUGGGGGCUACCCAAUGCACAUCGAAUUGAUGGAGGAUGUCGGGGGGCCAGCUGCCGGAGAGGGUGAGCUGCGGGAUCUGCCUUUGCAGGAUAGGCGGGCUAUCCGAGACCUCUACCAUCAACUUCAUGCGGCGCGCGUUCUUCACCGUGACAUAGAGCCACGCCACAUUCGCCGACGCGCCGACGGCCGCUUCGCUCUUAUCGACUUUGACUCCUCUCGCUCGGUGGAGGACGGUCUCGAGGGCGACCGAGCGCUCGCGUCUGAGGGGCGCCGGGUAGCGGCUAUGCUUGGGUUGAAAGAUCGUGCUGCGGGAAAGACGAAAUCUCCUGCCGGAGGUCGACUCAAGCGGGCAGAGAUGGUAUUCGACCCUUGGGCGGUUGGUCGGGGUGUUCAGGUUGCGUGAAUGGCGGCCUACGAGAUUGUUGUAACAUAUCGAAUUUCCUUACGACCACAUGCACUGUACAUACAUAACGAACCGCUCGUGGCCUCUGAUACAUUUAUAUCUCCCCAGCGGCUUGCCAUACUGACCUCUUCUCUUCC